GAUUGUCACCUGAACAGAUUUUAUUGACAGAAAAGUAAAUACGUUCCAAUCGCAAGAAGCAGAUUGAAGAAAUCAAAAGCCGAAUUUUCCCAAUUUAGAAAAAAUAAGUGGUCUUAUGAAUAAGAACAUGUUUCUUUUUUAAAUUGUUAAGUAAUUCUGUGCUUUCGAAUAAGAUUUUUGAGAUGUCAUCGAGAGUAUUGCGCAAACUGCAAGGGGACAAUGAGUUAAAUGAAGAACUUUCCGAUUUAGAACCCGAAAGUGAUCUGCCUGUAAGUGGCGGUGCGAGAAGAAAGCAGUUGAACAUCAAUAGAUACGAUCUGUUAAAUCAACAGUCGCUUUCCGAAAGCGAAGUGAAAGAGGACGAUAACGAAACCGAGGUUACAAACGCGCACGACGGAGAUGAGGUUCACGAGUCGGUAAAGCGUAGGAAAAAGAAAAAGAAGAAAAAAUCUGGGAAGCACUCUAAUGUUCAGCGUAGCAGCGAGGACAAUGCCGAAGUUGAUGAAGUUGAGAGGUCUGUUCGAGAGGUCAAUCGAUUGUUGGGCGAGCAGUGUGUAUCAGUGGUAGCGUCGUUGAGGCCGGAAAAGGGACCGCCGACAAAGAAAGGUGUAUUAAACGUGCAUCAUAAAUACUUGAACCCGAACAACGAGCUCAAAAGAAUAUUUGGCUCGAAAAUCAUUCAGACUGAACACAAAAGGAAGUUGAGAGGUUGUCGCGGCCACGUACGUACAACUUGGCUGGUGGCUAGCAAAGACAAUUGGCCUCAGGCGGCGAAGCUCGGACUGUCGAUGAGUUUACAAGAAACGAAACCGGGCGGAAUACAUUACUUCGCUUACGAGCACAGCCAAACGUAUAGGCAAAUACAGACGAAAUUCUUGGAGGCCGUCGAGAGCUUAAAUCCUGAUAAUAUCGUUGCGAUAAUUAACGAGCAUCCGUUUCAUGUGGACGCGCUAAUACAAUUGUCCGAAUUGUGCAAACUUAGCGAGGAUUUAGCGAUGGCUGCCGAACUAGUCGAGAGGUCUUUAUAUUCGUUGGAAUGUUCGUUUCAUCCCCUUUUUAAUAUAGCGCAGGGAAAUUGCAGAUUGGACUAUCGAAGACAGGAAAAUAGGAUAUUAUUUAUUACGUUAUUUAAACAUCUGCUGUUCGUUGCGGGUCGCGCCUGUUAUCGUACAGCUUUAGAACUUUGCAAGUUACUGUUAUCGCUCGAUCCAGACGAAGAUCCUCUCGCUGUGAAGUUAGUUAUAGACUUUUACGCGGUGCGCGCUAAGGAAUACGUUUGGCUCAUAGAUUUCUUUGCGGAAUGGGACGCGACCAAAAAUUUAUCGCAACUUCCCAAUUUCGCCUAUUCGACGGCGAUCGCAUAUUUUCAUAUGUCCGAAGACGAUAACGACACACUGAAGGCGGAUAGUCUACUGCAAGAAGCUUUAUUAAUGUUUCCCGGCGUUCUGGUGGCACUUUUGGACAAAUGUUCUGUGCAAGUCGACGCUAGGGUUUCAAAGCAUCACUAUUUUGGGCCAACGGCUGUUGCUAAGCAGUCACCAGCCCUGAAUCAGUUAGUCUUAUUAUACGUUAAUCGAAGUUAUCACGUCUGGAAAGAGAGCGAUCUAUUACCAUGGUUACAGAGGAAUGUCCAUAGAGUUUUAGACUUGAUAGACGAAGAUCCGACGAUCGUAAAAGAUUACGAGCUGAAACGAUCGCGCCGCUAUCAGGGUCCGUUACCGCGAACGAUUUGCAGGCAUAUUUUAUUGUCGGACGUUAAGGGAGUUGCUCCCGUCAUGGAGGAUUUCUCGGGGCCGGUGCUAAGUUUUGAUCCUCUACCGCCCCUGGAUUCCAUUAAUAUAUACGAGAAACCGAAACGACCUCGUAUAGUAAAUAGUAAUUCGAGCGCCGUAGGCAUUUUCUUUCGAUCGCUUUUGCCAAGUUUUAACGCCGACCUUCCAGAACAGCUUCUGCAACCGGAGGAAAAUGGUGCGCGAGCGUUGCCUUUGAAUGGAGGCGAAGAAGGAAACGAUUUAAGGCAGAGCAUCGCAUCGUUAGUCGGGGCGAUGAGAGAUUUAUUGAAUAAUAUUCGACUGCCAGAUGUACCAAACGAAGCGGAUGUAGAUGAGAACGAUGAUUCAGACGACGAUGAUGAACAGAACAAUUAUUUAACAUAGAUUUAUGUUACAAAUUAGGUAUUUAUGAAAUUGUGCAUUAUUACAGUUGUCAGAAUUAUAAAAUAAUAUAUAGACUUUAUUUUAUGUUUCAUUGGAAGUUACAUUUUAUACCAAUUGCGAUGAAUGCAUACUUAAUUUUCAAACCUUUCAAUAAAAUCAGGGUGUCUAAACAUUGUACGUACCCUAAAUGUAAUUAAAGUAUAUAAAUAGCA